CAACUAGCAUCUGGCCUUUAUUAUUCCGAGAGCGCAACCUCACUUAAGCUUUUAAAUCGCUUUUCUGCAAAAGUCUACCUCAGCUCGUGCCUGCUUCUAUUUCGUUGAUCUUCAUCUCAACCCCCUCUUCGCACCAUCUCAGUACCUACGUCACCUAUCAGCUCCAGCUUCAAGACGAGAAAGAGAUAGCUCACCCAUUGACCCACCAUGGUGUCCCAAAAACAGCCCGUCUACGUCCUCGGCGUAGGUAUGACCAAAUUCAUCAAACCGCGUGGCAAAGUCGACUAUCCAGAGCUCGGUUUCGAGGCAGGUAUAAAAGCGAUGCUCGACGCCCACAUCAACUACGAUGAUGUCGACCAAGGCGUAGCCUGCUAUUGCUACGGUGACUCUACAUGUGGCCAGCGUGUCUUCUACCAGUUCGGCAUGACGGGCAUCCCUAUAUAUAAUGUGAAUAAUAACUGCUCAACCGGCAGCACGGGAUUGUAUAUGGGCAGAAAUAUGAUUGCGCAUGGCGCUGCAGAUUGUGUACUCGUGGUCGGGUUUGAGAAGAUGUUUCCCGGCAGUUUGCAGUCGUUCUUUCAGGAUCGGGCGAAUCCGACAGGGACGGCGGGGUUGAUGAUGAAGGAGACGAGAGGAGUUACGAAGGCACCAGGAGCGGCGCAGAUGUUUGGGAAUGCGGGGAGGGAACAUAUGGAGAAGUAUGGUUCCAGACAUGAGGACUUUGCUGAAAUUGCCCGUGUAAACCACGCCCACUCCAAGAACAACCCAUACUCUCAAUUCCAAGACGAAUACACCCUCGAGCAAAUUAUGAAAGCACCUAUGAUCCAUGCCCCCCUGACCAAACUCCAAUGCUGCCCGACAUCCGACGGUUCCGCCGCCGCUGUCCUCGUCUCCCAGGCCUUCCUAGACGCACGCCCAGAGCUCAAAUCCCAAGCCAUCCUCAUCGCAGGCCAAUGUCUCGCUACGGACAAGCCAGACCUAUUCAAUCGGUCCGCCAUCGAACUCAUCGGCUACUCAAUGUCGGAACUCGCCGCAAACACGGCAUUAAAAGAAGCCAACGUCUCGCCUUCCGAAGUGAAAGUCUGCGAACUCCACGACUGUUUCUCCGCCAACGAAAUGGUAACCAUUGAGGCGCUCGGUCUUGCCCCCCGAGGCAAAGCCCACGAGCUCAUCCGCAAAGGCGGCAUCACGUACGGCGGCCAAGUCGUCAUCAACCCCUCCGGCGGCCUGAUCUCCAAGGGUCACCCCCUCGGCGCAACAGGUCUCGCGCAAUGUGCAGAACUAGUCUGGCAUAUGCGCGGCUGGGCUAACAACCGCUCUGUCAAAGACACCACUGUCGCUCUCCAGCACAAUCUCGGCCUUGGCGGUGCGGUGGUGGUUACGGUGUAUAAGCGCGCAGAUGGCAAGGCUGCUACAGAUGUACCGAAUUCGGAGGUCGGCAAGAUGAAUGGCUUGGGGUAUAAUCCUGCAGUUGAGGCGAAAGGGUUUACGAAAGCGCAUGUAGAUCAGGUGAGAAGUAAGAAGGCGAGGAGUGAGUGGGCGAUUCAGGAUAUUGAGCAGAAGGUUGAGGCGAGGUUUUAGGUGAGAUGACUGGCAUUUUGGUGUUUGGGGGAUUAGUUGUACAUAUUUAUAAGAGUAUUAAGAAUGAUUUGUUUUACUAUUA